CAACACUAAAAUCAUCUGGAGUUUAAAUUUGGUGUGCUGCAGCUCGACAAAAAACCCCCCCAAAAAAAGAUGGGUGAUCAACCAAAUCGCGAGGCCAUCGAGAAGGCCCAGCAAGUCCUCUACGAAGAGGGCAUGAAAAUCCGCGCCGAGGUCCUCGGCGCCUCCCAUGUGGCCGACUCGAAAUCGCUAGACCCCUUCCAACAACCCAUGCAGUCAAUGGCAGUCGCGAUGGGCUGGUCGAUGUGCUGGACACGUCCAAACUUGGAAAAACGAGUGCGGUCUCUGCUGGUUAUCGUCAUGUUGGCCGUUCUAGGAAGGAACCAUGAGCUGGGAGUUCACGUCCAAGGUGCUAUCAGGAACGGGGCCACAGAGCAGGACAUUCAAGAGGCGUUGAUGCAGGCUGCGGUUUACGCCGGCGCGCCUUGUGCUCUGGAGUCAACCCGAGUUGCUUUUGACGCACUUGAGCGGAUGAGGGCAAGCGGUGAGCUAGAAUAGACUGGCUUGGGGCGGUGGUGCUGAUGAUGUUGAGGUAGAAUCAAGUUAACCCUGCCUUAAGCAGUGAAAUAAUUAAGCUAUCCCCGCGUAACUGAAGGAGAGUUGAAG